UGCACAAAAAAAUUUAAAAAAUUCCCAAAAAAAACACACAAAAACCAAAAAGCAAGGAAAAUCACACCUCUUUUUUCUCUCUCCUUCCGCUCUCUCUCUCUCCUCCGCGCUGUAUGAAAAACCGUCGCCGCCGGCGGAGGCAAUGCCGACAUCAGCGACGACAAAUCGGCCGGAAGACCUAAUUUUCCGACUAACAUCGCCGGAAAAUCAAACGAAGUUCAAAGCACUAAGAGAAUUGAAGAAUCAAAUCAUCGGAAAUCGCACGAAAAAGCUCUCGUACGUCAAAAUCGGCGUCGUAGUUCCAGCCGUAGUAAAAUCUCUUUGUUCAAGUGAUUCAUCUGUUAUUGUUCAAGCGUCUGCUGUUAUCGGAAGCUUCGCAUGUGGUGUCGAUGCUGGUGCUCAAGCUGUUCUUGAUGCCGGCGCUUUCUCUCUCCUCUUCGGUUUGAUCUCUCAUUCUGAAGCUAAGGUUGUGGAUGCUGCUGCUCGGUCACUGAAAAUGAUCUAUCAGUCAAAGUUGGCCCCCAAGUAUGACUUUCUUUCAAAGGAAAAUAUAUGCUUCCUUACUUCGCUAUUGAAUAGUGAGAGUGAGAAUCUUACAGGGCUCGGUGCUACUAUUAUAACGCAUUCAUGUCAGAUAACUGAAGAGCAGAAAGUGUUGUGUGAAGCUGGCAUCUUAAAGAAGCUUUUAGACCUUCUACAUGGCUCUCUGAGCCAGAGAGAUGCUAGUUUGGAGGCGCUAGCUGCUGUCAUUAGGAAUAAUCCUGAUGUUAAUUCAGAGUUUGUUGAAGCCGAUAAUGGAAGAGCUUUUAGAGUUGUAUGUGAACUAACAAAGGAUAAGUUGCCUCGGACAAGGCUUCUAGCCUCCAUGUGUUUGAUUGCUAUGUGGAACACUUCACCAUGUCAUCUGCAAGAUGUUGGACUCAGAACAAAGCUGAUACAUAUGCUGAUUGAGCUUCUUGAUGAUCCUGGUCAAGUCGGUGAUGAAGCUCCAUUUGCUUUGUCCUGUUUGAUCACUGGAAAAGAGGACCUACAAAAACUAGCCCUUGAAGCAGAUGUCAUUGACAAAUUGAGUAAGCAUCUAAGGAAAGACGCAUUACAGGCGAAACGUUUGCAAGGGAUAUUUUUGGCUCUUGCUGAUGUAUGUUCAAAGCUGGAAGUCUGCAGGGCAAAGCUUUUGUCUCUUGAGGUCCUCAAGUUGGUAGCUGAUGCAUUAAAUCAUGACUGCUCUGAAGUACAGAUUGCAGCUUGCAUGUGUUUGCGGAGUGUUUCUCGGUCAGUCAAGAAUUUGAGUGCAGGUGUGUUCAUGAAUGAAUUGAUCGUGAUUCCAUUGAUUCAUCGUCUAAAUGAUGCUUCUGCUGCUGUCCAGGUUGCAGCACUCAGUGCUUUAAGUAAUGUAGUGGUGGAAUUCACAACGCGUAAGUCAAUUUUUCUUCAAUAUGGGGGUGUCAAACAACUUGUUCAUCUAUCAACAUCGAUGGAUUCUACUGUCAGGUUGAAGUCCCUAUGGGUUCUGAAAAACCUGAUUUUCCUUGCUGAUAACCAGUUUAAAGAGGGAAUAUUUCUGGAGCUGACCCCUUCCACAUUGUGGAGUCUCAUAUGUGAUCAUGAUCCAGCUGUCCAAGAGCAAGCUAUCUGUUUUGUUCGCAAUCUUGUUGACGGAUGUGUUGACUCUAUCGAGUAUGUCUUCACUGAAGAGGCUAUUAUAUUACAAGCAAUAGGAAGACAACUGAGGAUCUCUUCCAAGUCUGAAGUCUGCAUUCAGGGAAUGUAUGUACUUGCAAAUGUGGCAACUGGAAAUGAAUUCCACAAAGAAGCUGUACUGCAGCAACUUCUCCCAUCAGCUGGCAGCGAUGACCAAUCUGUUUUAAUCAAGCUUUUGCAGAGCAGUGAUGAUAGACUACGCACAGCAACUGUUUGGACUGUGGUAAAUCUCACUUUUCCCAGCAGCCCUGGUGCAUAUGGUCGGCUUGUCAAGCUUCGUAGUGCUGGUGUAUAUUCUCAGAUAAAGAAUAUGGCCAAUGAUUCGUGCCUCGAUGUUAAGCUUCGAGUCAGAACUGCAUUGGGGCAGUCAAUGACGUUUGCUGACAACUCUACCUAGUCAUUCUUUGACAAAGUUGAGGCCUUGAUGUAAGAUUAGAGUCCAUGAGUUUGGACAUGUUUUUUUGUAGCAGAUCUGCAGCCAUUAGUUUGGAGAGCAGAUGAAGCCUUAAUCCCUGUGAACCUCAAAGAAGAAUGAAUAUAUGCUGAAUGCUAAAUUGCUGCAUAAAGAUAGCAGAUACAUGGAAAGGCGCGGUGUCAGAGUUGAAUUAGCAAAGGGGAUUCUGGCUUUCUAGGUAAAAGCACCUAGAUUUUCAGUAAGUGUCGAAUAUAGAAAUUGUUGUAGAUUAGAUAUUGUUGCUUAGAUUUUGAGAUAAAUCUAAGCUGUAUUUUGAGUUAUGUGAGGCAGAUUUUUUCAAGAUUACAGGCCAUGCAAUGACUCUUUGCCUGUGUGGUAUUGUUGUAAUUACUAUAAUUAUUGUAUUUGCAUUAAGAGGAUUAAUUUUUCAGCCUGAAA